AAUAACUUUUUAUUUUUUAUUUUUAUUUUAAUUUUUCAUAAUUUUCCUACUUUAUUUAUUUCUCAUCCUUUUCUGCAAAACCCUAAAUUCAUUUCGCUUGAAGAAAUUCUGCAAUCACAAUUUUUUUUUUGGCAUUUUUCCCUGUAAUUUUUUUGUUGCUCCAUGAAAAUUUUCAUUAGCAGGAAAAAGUCACCGUUGAAACUCCGUGCAUUCUCAGCAAUGGCGGAGAUUUAAGGCACAGAACUCACCCACAACUGUUGUAAUCUGUAUUUUGUUUCUGAUCUUUGAAGUUUCAAAGCAAAAUCUUGGUUUUCCCUUUUUUUUUGGGAGCUUUACUAACUGGGUUGAGUUCAUUUUCAACAUAAAGAAUUGAUUUUUAGAGAAUUUUGUGUGUGGGUGUUGUAAUUCUAGCACUUGAGCUGCAAGAAGUGUUGAUUGUUGAUGCUUGUUAGGUUCUAGGGUUUUUAGGGUUUUAGGGGUUUUAAGUGAUCUGUGAAUAAUGGAGGCAAAGGAGGGAAUAAGUUCGGGGGUGACGGUGAAGGGAAUACACGCUCCAGAGAGUUUCAGAGUGGCCCCCAGAAAUGAAAAUUCUGUCCCUAACCUGAACCCGAUUCCCAAUCCUAUUCCUAAUUCCAAUCCUAAUCCUAACCCGACCCCUAAUUCUAACCCUAGCCCUAACUCUAGCCACUUUGGUGGGCCCACAGUGACCUCCUUGCCGGCGAGCGCGGGCACGGAGGUCAAGAAGAAAAGAGGGAGGCCAAAGAAGUACGGACCUGACGGCACCUUAGCUUUGGCAUUGUCUCCGAUGCCGAUAUCGUCUUCUAUUCCGCUCACGGGAGAGUUAUCAGCUUGGAAACGGGGUAGAGGGCGGCCUUUAGAGUCAGCCAAGAAGCAAUAUAAAUAUGAAUAUGAUAGCGCAGGGGAGAGAAUUGCAUACUUCGUUGGUGCAAAUUUCACGCCCCAUGUGAUCACAGUAAAUGCUGGUGAGGAUGUCACAAUGAAGGUCAUGUCCUUUUCUCAGCAAGGAUGUCGGGCUAUCUGCAUUCUUUCUGCAAAUGGUACAAUCUCAAAUGUUACACUUCGUCAACCUACUUCGUCUGGUGGUACUCUAACAUAUGAGGGUCGUUUUGAGAUACUUUCCUUAUCUGGAUCAUUUAUGCCAACUAAUAGUGGAGGAACAAAGAGCAGAUCUGGUGGGAUGAGUGUCUCCUUGGCAGGUCCAGAUGGUCGUGUUGUGGGUGGUGGACUUGCCGGUAUGUUGGUAGCUGCUGGCUCUGUGCAGGUUGUUGUGGGCAGUUUCCUACCAGGUCACCAGCAGGAGCAAAAACACAAGAAGCAGAAAACUGAAAUUGCACCAGCUAGAGCUCCUGUCAAUGUUUUAUCUGCAGAAGAUACGAAAGGGGCAUAUGGUGGAGUGAAGCCAGUUCUCAUACCAACAUCCUUCCAGGGAGAUAAAUCAGCUCCUGUUAACCCUGCCCAGGCCUUUAGGAACUCAGCUUCUGACGAUAAAACCUCUUCACCUGAAGAUGGAUCUAAAGGUCCCAAUCAAUCCAACUGUGAGGUUUCUACUUGAUGACCUUUUACAUAUGCUGGUUGUAUCUUCAUUGUUUUACCGCAGACAUAACAGCAUUUAGGCUCAUUCAGCCCUGUUAGAGACCAAUAUAAACAAACUGGCCAUUAUUUAAAGCAGAUUAGGUUUUAACAUGUUAUGGAUAUUAACCCAGCAGUGCACCCUUUUUUUUUAGGUAGGACUUACAGUUGUUAGGAUCAUCUGUGGCUGUUCCCAUCAUGUAUUUUGUAGUGUUUGUGUUGUUGUAGUGGAUGUAUGAAGCCUGGUGUGUCAAAAUGUCAAUCUUCUGAUCAACUACUUUGUAGCUGAACUUGGUUAUGGGUGACUUUGUCUUUUAGUUGUGAAGGUUUAUUCGGUAUGGAGAUGCUCUUCCUUGAA